UCACUCCACAUGAUCUUAUUUUCUGUUUAUACCGGAUUCCGGAAAUUAUUUCACUAAUAUUGAUAACAGAAGAGUAAAGUGGAAGAGUUAACAUGGAGAAACUGGUUUAGUGGUUCAGAAGCGCGUACACUCCCUGAGCUGAGGUGGUGAACAUCAGAAAGACCAUGCAGCCCCUGAGAGAUGCCGAGCUCGGGGCUUUCACCUUCUUCGCCUCUCCGCUUCCUCAUGAUGUGUGUGGCAGCAACGGGCUUCCCCUGACCCCCAACUCCAUCAAGAUCCUAGGCCGCUUCCAGAUCCUUAAAACCCUCACGCACCCCAGGCUGUGUCAGUACAUCGACAUCUCUCGAGGAAAACAUGAAAGACUUGUUGUUGUCGCUGAGCACUACGAGCGCAGCCUGAAGGACCUUCUCAAACAAGACAAGCCCAUCAGCUCCGAGCAGGUUCUGCAGAUUGCCUAUGAGGUAUUGGAGGGACUGGCAUUUAUUAACAGACGUGGCCUGGUUCAUCGAGCCCUCAACCCUCAUAAUGUGCUCCUGGACUGUGAGGGUAAAGUAAAACUGGCCAAGUUUGGUCUUUAUUACAUGACGGAUCAUGGAGCAGAUGUGGACUUUCCUAUCGGGUAUCCAUCUUACCUUGCUCCCGAGGUUAUCGCCCAGGGCAUGUUCCAAUCCACAGAUCCCUCACUCAGCGAAGUCCCUUUACCCUCAGGGCCUAAGACUGACGUGUGGUCUUUGGGGAUGCUUCUGUUUGAACUCUGUGCUGGCAGACAGGUUUUACAGAACAUUGAAAUAAGCGAGAGAUUAAAGUUCAUCAUCACCUUGGGUUGCAUGGAUGACAUCGUGACGGUGCUUGCUGAGGAGCACGGAUGCCUGGAUGUCAUUAAAGAGCUUCCUGACAACGUGCUGGUGUUAUUGAGGAAAUGCCUGACUUUUCUGCCUUCGAAACGAGCAACUCCAGCUGAGCUCCUGGAAGAUGCCGUGUUUGAGAGAAUUUCCUGCCUCUACACUCCGUAUGAGAGUCCAGUGAGUCUGUUCUCGUCCUCACUGCGCUGUGCUCACCUCCAGCUACCCGAUGACAUCGCUGAGCUCUGCACAGUGGAUGGAGAGGAUUACCUGAGUGAGAGAUCUGUGGAUGAAGUUUAUCACCUGUGGUGUCUGGCAGGAGGAGACUUGGAGAAGGAGCUCACAAACAAAGGCAUCAUCCAGUCCAAACCUCCAGUCUGCACCCUGCCCAAUUUUAUUUUAGAUGAUGGAGAGACGUUUGGUCAGGGCAGAGACCGAAGUUUCCUGCUGGAUGACACCACUGUGACACUUUCACUGGGUCAGCUCAAGAAUAGGCUGAAGGAUGUAGCAGGAGAGGCAUAUUACCCGCUGCUGGAAGACGAACAGUCCUGUCUGCCUCAGUCCAUCAGCAGUAAUGAGCUCUCGGCUGCCGUCAGCCUUCCCCUCAUUAUCCGAGAGAGAGACACCGAGUACCAGCUUACACGCAUCGUCCUGUUCGACAGGCUCCUCAAGGCAUAUCCAUACAAAAAGAACCAAGUGUGGAAGGAAGCCAGAGUGGAUAUUCCUCCUCUUCUCCGAGGACUGACUUGGGCUGCUUUACUGGGCGUCGAGGGGAACAUUCAGGCAAAGUACAACUCCAUCGAUAAGGACACGCCCAUCCCUACAGACAGACAGAUUGAAGUGGACAUCCCACGCUGUCAUCAGUAUGACGAGCUGCUCUCCUCGCCCCAGGGUCACAUCAAGUUCCGGAGAGUUCUGAAGGCCUGGGUCGUGUCCCAUCCUGACCUCGUGUACUGGCAGGGUUUGGACUCGCUAUGUGCCCCGUUCCUGUACCUGAACUUCAACAACGAGGCGCUUGCAUACGCCUGCAUGUCGGCCUUUAUCCCCAAAUACCUCUACAACUUCUUUCUGAAGGACAACUCGCACGUCAUACAGGAGUACCUGACUGUUUUCUCUCAGAUGAUAGCCUUCCACGACCCCGAGCUCAGCAACCACCUCAACGAGAUUGGCUUCAUACCAGACCUCUAUGCGAUUCCAUGGUUCCUGACGAUGUUUACUCACGUCUUUCCCCUGCAUAAGAUCUUCCACCUGUGGGACACGCUGCUGUUGGGCAACUCAUCGUUCCCUUUCUGUAUCGGAGUGGCGAUCCUGCAGCAGCUGCGUGACCGGCUCCUGGCCAACGGCUUCAACGAGUGCAUCCUGCUCUUCUCUGACCUGCCUGAAAUUGAUAUUGAACGCUGUGUCCGUGAAUCCAUCAACCUCUUCUGCUGGACUCCCAAGAGCACCACUUAUCGGCAACACGCCCAGCCACCUAAACCCACCAGUGAUGGCAACGGCUUUGGCAAGACUACAGCCUUCUACUCAUCAGAGUAUCAAGACCUACCAAACACAGACCUGACCCGUGAGCCCCUGAAACUCUCCGAGCUCAAAGCUGAAGUGUCUCCACGGAUCUCAGCCGAGGAUCUGAUUGAUCUGUGCGAGCUGACUGGCCCUGCUCACUUCAAAACUCCUGUAAAGAGACCCAAGGCAGUCAAAACCAAGAUCGUUGCAGUCGACAUCCGGAGCAACGAGGACUUCAGUCGUGGUCACAUCCCAGGCAGCAUUAAUGUUCCGUACAGCUCAGUGUUUGGGCCAGACGGAGAGCUGCUACAGUGCCCCAGCACCAACGCACUGGCCAGCUAUAAGAGCCGAGUCGUCGUCAUCCUCAGCAACAUCACCAAGAACGCAGCUGCGUUUGCGGCUCACUUGGUGAAGGUGAAUUUCCCUCGCGUGUGUGUCCUGGAUGGCGGCAUCAACAAGAUGAAACCCACCGGCCUUUUAACUGUGCCAUCUCCGCAGAUCUAAAUGUGUGUGUGUGUGUGUGUGAGAGAGAGAAAGGGUAAAAAAAAAAGCUUUUUUUUGUACCAUGUCUUGAAUAUGGCAUGUGAAAGAUAUUGAGUUUGUGCUUAAAUUUAAUCUUCAUGAACUAGAAUGAGGGCAUUUCAUCAUCUAACAUUACUGUAAUAAAGGAUAAAUUAAACCUUGUUUUCCCUAUUCUACUGUUUUGCACAGUAGGGAUAUUCAUUUUGUGUGUGUGUGUGUGUGU